ACAUACAAAAAUUGUAUGUAGCUUUAAUACUCCCACGCAAGAUUGCACUAUCUAGGCAAUAAUUUUUUUUGUAAGCAUCUGUACACUUAAUAAUCUAUGACAGCACGCAUGCGUUCUUUUGACUAUACACAAUCAAAUUUAAAAAAAUGACAAUAUUAAACGCAAGCGAUAGCGACUCAAGCAGUUCUGAAGAUGAAACGUUGCAAAAUGCAUUAAAAGAAGCGGUGGAUAAUCAAUUUUUUGAAAAUGUAAACGAAUCCCCGACAAAGUCUGAAAGCGACCAAGAACAGAAUAAAACUUCCUCUAAAAGUCUAAGGGAAAAUUUAUCACAAAAAAAUGAAUUUUCAAAUUUUGGUGUCACUCCAACAUUUCAGAAUUAUGUGGCAAAGAAACUAAAUGAAAUAUUAGAGAAGUCUGUUGAAAUCAAUGACGAAGUAGAAGAUGAUACAAUAAAUGAAAAAGAGAGCGAGGGUAAUGACUGUGGUAUUAAAUUACUCAAUUCCUCUGGGAAAUUUAUAGUAACUAAAGAAAAAGAAGAAAUACAUCAGAAAAGGAGAAUUGUGGACAUAGAUGAUGAAGCAAAUUAUUUAAAAUGUAAGGAAGUUGCUGUAGAUUCUGAAUGGAUAUUGUCAAAAAUAGAAACGAAAUUUUGGACAAGCAAACGAAAAGAACCUGAAUUCAAAUAUAAAAGAUUAAAGACUGGUGUUCUAGUCGAAAAAUCUUAAUUUUAAGUUAGGUUUUACAUGUGUUUAUUUUUGUAAAUUAUAACAAUAAAAUUUUAUAGUACACUAAUUU